UUUUUGGAAGGUUUUUCCUCUCCUGAUGCUUCAAAGGUGCUGAAACCAAAGACACUGAUGUCGGUAGCCAGAAUGGAGGGCCUUCAACCAAAGGCCUCAAGUGGCCCGCUGACGCCCUCUGCAGGAGCAAGCAAACCUCUGCAGUUGCAUUCCCAGCGUCCCUCCGGUCUCCCCACGCCGCUCAAACGCCGGGCGUCGGCCAUUCCCGCGCCGACGCCCGGCAGCCAGAGCCGAAACUCCAGACCCCCCAGAACGCAGGCCGCCUCGGACUCGGACUGCCCCCCCAGGACCUGCCCCAGUCCCGCCCCCCUCGAUUCUAAUAGGGCAGUGCCUGUCGACGUGCAGCCCUUCUGUCUGGAGGAGGAGCCUCCCGCCGAGCCCAGCCAAUCAGAGAGCCCGGAGGGCAAAGAGCCAUCCCGUCGCGGCCAAUCGGAGCCCAGCGAAGACCUCGUCCGGCCGGAGAGCGCCAAACGGGAGGUUCUUUUGCUGGACCUUCCUGCUCCGAUGCCCCCGACCCACGAGAAACUGCUCAUCGACCUGAGAAACACUCCGGACUGGAUCCGAAACGGCACCAAGAACUGUACCGCCAUGCAGGUACAAACUACUUCCCGCUAACGGAA